GGCUUACUCUUGAUUUCAAUUCCGAUCGGUCGACAUUGGAAUUGUGACGUUUCGCACUCUUGAGUUCGAUGCUAGCGCCACAUUGGUUUGAAAUUGCGUGUUCAUUAUGGGGAACUAAUUGAAAUCGGAUUGGGCGCUAAACGGUACUCUUGAGUUUAUUUUGACAGCUGCUUAUUGCGCCAAUAUUACGGUGGGAUUGAUUGUUGAUUGUGAUUUUUCCAAUUACUAAAGAGUAACUUUUAAGAAAUUGUUUUGUGUUUUACGUGGUUUUCUUUCGAUAAAAGUGUUUAAUAUGGCACGAUUGGCGGUAAUGUACAGUGUUUCGUUAAAUUUCCAUAAAAAACAACUGAAACAAAGACGAGAUGAGCGUCGGAUGAUGCGUUAUACGGAGAAAGCGUUUUCGAUGAAUGAAAACGAGUUUAAAGCCAAUUAUAGGGUGAGCAAGGAUUUGUUUCACGAAAUAUUCGAAAACAUAAAGCCUUUUAUGCAAUCCCCUAAGAGAAGAAGUGAUUUAUUACCAAAAUAUAAGGUUUUAGUGGCAUUGUCCUUUUAUGCUACUGGGAGUUACCAAAGGCUAGUUGGAGGCAGUUAUGGGACCCUAAUGAGUCAGCAAUCUACUUCUCGUUCUAUUCGAGAGGUAACAGCAGCUCUUAACCAUCCCUUAAUACAAAGGAAAUGGAUCAAGUUUCCUCAAACUCGUCGUGAAAGAGAUGCUGUAAAACUGAGAUUUUUUGAAAAAUUCAGUAUACCAUCUGUUAUAGGAUGCAUUGAUGGCACUCAUAUAGCCAUAAUUAGACCAUCAGAAAAUGAAGAGAGAUUUUUUAAUCGCAAACAUUUUCAUUCAAGAAAUGUUAUGAUUAUAGCUGAUUCAGACUUAAGAAUACUGUCAGUAGACGCUUCAUUUGGAGGAGCAUCACAUGAUAGUUUCGUCUGGAAUCAGCAUCCUGUGAAACAACAUUUAAUUGAAUUAAAUAAUAAUGGGUAAACUGUAUUUUUACUAGGUGAUUCCGGGUAUGCCCAGAGGGAAUACAUGAUGACACCUAUUGUAGAUGCUCAUCAAGGGUCCCCUGAGGAAUAUUACACCAAGUUACACUGCACUGCACGGAAUACCGUAGAACGUACCAUUGGUGUCCUCAAAAACCGGUGGCGGUGCUUAAUCGGGCAUAGGGUUCUACAUUAUCAUCCUGAUGUAGCAGCCAAAAUAAUUAAUGCUUGUUGUGUUUUACACAACAUGUGUAUCAAUAGGAUUUAUUUGACCAAGAUGAGAAUACAGCUGAAUAUGGGAAUGAUUACCCAACUGUAACUUCUCAAGAAUCAACUAGCAGCACAGCUGCU